AUGUUCAGAUUCGUCUUCUACCUUUCGUCCACCUUUGUUCUUUUGGACUUUUUGAUGAAUGUUAUCUGGCUGCCCAUCGGUGCCCAUAAUACCUGGGGUUUCCGCACCCCUAGUGAAGCAUUCUUAGCUACCUAUAACGGCACGGGUGCCCCGGCCGGCUGGAAUUGGUGUCUUUCCUACCUUGCCACUGCUGGAAUUCUCAUUGGAUUUGACGCCUCCGGCCAUAUUGCUGAAGAGACCAAGAACGCUUCUUUGACCGCGGCCAGGGGUAUUUUCUGGAGUACAGUAGUCAGCGGAAUUGGUGCUGCCUGUACGAUUGUACUAUUCUUAUUCUGCGCACCCGAUCCUAAGACCUUGUUCUCAUUCGGGUCCCCUCAGCCAUUCGUCCCUCUCUAUGCUGUUGUGCUGGGCCAGCGAGCCCAUAUUAUUAUGAAUGUGAAUACCACUAUCGCCAUUGUAGCUGCAUCGAGACUUGUUUUUGCCGUUGCCCGAGAUGGCGUCCUCCCAUUCUCCAGCUGGGUCUCCCGUGUCUCUCCAUCAGGCCAACCCUAUAACGCCAUCAAGGUAGUCUGGGGCGUUGCUGCAUUAGUAACCUGCACCAUCCUCCCGUCAAAUGUUGCAUUCACAUCGCUAGUUUCAGCCGUCGGUGUACCGUCUGCAGCUGCAUACGGCCUCAUCUGUUUUGGGCGGGUCUUUCUUACCCCGAAGAAAUUCCCCAAGCCAAGAUGGAGCCUAGGUGUCCUCAGCAAGCCGUUUCAAAUCAUUGGAAUCUUUUGGAACGGAUGGGUUGUCGCUAUCCUAUUCUCGCCUUACGUUUUCCCUGUCACUGGCCAGACGUUAAAUUGUAAGUCAUUUUUUGUUUUCCCUCUCCUACCAUUUCAAGUUAGAGAGAGAACUGUAUCUGAUACCUGA